AUGUUGGAUGAAUUGUCGAGCGUUCUUCAUCAUGAUCCUAUGCGUCUGUACCGCGCGAAAAGAGAUGCAGCCCAUCGUCCGGUCACGUCGAAAUAUAGCAUUCUUGGCUUCAUCUCCUCUGGGACCUAUGGACGUGUAUACAAGGCGCAGAGUCUUGGUGACGAUCAGAAGAUUCACGCUAUAAAGAAGUUCAAGCCUGACAAGGAGGGUGAUGUGGUCACAUAUACUGGCAUCAGUCAGAGUGCCAUUCGGGAGAUUGCGCUCAAUCGAGAAAUAGACCAUGAUAAUGUUGUGUCUCUCAAGGAGGUCAUUUUGGAAGACAAGUCCAUAUACAUGGUCUUUGAAUACGCCGAGCAUGAUUUCUUGAAAGUUAUACACCAUCAUUCACAAACACUGCGUUGUUCCAUCUCUACGCCCGUGUUGAAGUCCCUAAUCUAUCAGCUCUUCAACGGCCUUCUUUAUCUUCAUUCUUGCCAUAUAUUACAUCGAGAUCUCAAACCCGCCAACAUCCUCAUCACCUCGGAGGGUGUAGUGAAAAUCGGCGACUUGGGACUUGCUCGUCUUGUGUAUGAGCCCCUUCAGCCACUCUUCGCUGGAGACAAGGUCGUCGUGACAAUCUGGUAUAGGGCGCCGGAGCUGCUCAUGGGGGCGAAACACUACAACAAGGCGAUCGAUUGCUGGGCCGUCGGAUGCGUUAUGGCGGAACUAGCCAGCCUUCGGCCCAUAUUCAAGGGUGAAGAGGCCAAGCUAGAUUCGAAGAAGAACGUGCCCUUUCAACGGGACCAGUUACUCAAGAUAUUUGAGGUUCUAGGAACGCCAGACGAAAAGGACUGGCGUGGAUUGAGGAAUAUGCCAGAAUUUCAGAACAUGAAGCGAUUGGACUACUUUCCCAAUCACCUGCACGACUGGUGUCAGCCGCGCAUACGUUCCACGCAAGGCUAUGAUCUUCUUCGACAUCUGUUUGCAUACGACCCAGACAAAAGGCUCACUGCAAGUGAAGCGCUACAGCAUAAAUGGUUUCACGAGGAGCCCCUACCAACAUGGAACGCCUUUGAGUCUGUGUCACCCCAUCAGAUACCACCGCCUCGACGAAUAACACAAGACGAAGGUCCAUCAUCGAUGAUCCCUAUGGCUAUGAAUAAUUCACACCCACAUCAGCCUCUUAUGGCGCCAGGCGCCCCGUUUGCCCAGCCCCAGACGCAGUCCAAGCCGGGGAGCUCGGCGAGCUUUGCUAGUCUAAGUGGAGGAGGUGGUGUUUACGUUGGCCAAGGGGCCAGUGGUAACGCAUCAAACCCUCAUGGUAGGAAGAAGGCGAGGCUUGUUUAG